CCCCUCCAGGAGCUGCCGCAGGUUCCCGAGCGAGGCCGAAAAUUCCUGCCGGGACCGGGACCGGGACCGGGACCCCACCGAGAUGGAGCGCGAGGAGGAGACGCGGGAGAUCCUCCUGCCCAACUGGCAGGGCAGCGGCUCCCACGGCAUCACCAUCGCCCAGACCGACGACGGCGUCUUCGUGCGGCGCGUGCAGCAGAACUCGCCCGCCGCCCGCAUGGGCGUGGUGCAGGAAGGGGAUCAGAUCGUCAGCGCCACCGUCUACUUCGACAAGCUGCAGUCGGGGGAGGCGGCGCAGCUGCUGCAGAGCAUGGGCCAGCACACGGUGGGGCUGCGGCUGCAGCGCCGCGGUGACCGCUCGCCGCUGGCCGGGCGCGGCUGCGGACAGACGGACACCGCGCCCGGCAGCCCCGAGGUCGUGCUGAGCGGCGAUGACGAGGAGUACCAGCGCAUCUACACCACCAAGAUCAAACCGCGGCUCAGGUCCGAGGAGGGGCCGGAGGCCGAGGCCGGCGGGACGCAGAGCAGGACCAUCACGGUCACCCGCAAGGUCACCGCCUACACCGUGGAUGUCACCAGCCACGACGGCGACCUCGGCGUCAUCGGCGGCCCCGAUUUCAAUGUCUGCAUCCCCACGCCGGAGUUCGGCAUGACGUCCGGCACCGAUGUCCGAGCGGGGCUGGGGGACCUGCCCGGGACACCUGAGGGGCUUCACCUCCAGCCCCAGAGCCAAAUUCCUGGUGGAGAAACUGGAAAAACCCUCGUGGGCUGGAAGGGCUUCCCGGGGUCGCCCCGCAUCGAGGCCAAUGGACAGUUUGGAGAGCUUGACGGGUCAUUCCACGCCACGGGGCUGGAUGGGCAGGGCCACGUGUCCGGCGGGGCUCCGUGCCCGCAGGGAGAGGUCAGCGGCUCCUCGCCACCCGUGGACGUGGGGAAAAUCAAGAUCCCGACGUUAAAAAUCCCCAAAUUCGGGUUCCAGGCUGGUGGUGAAGCCGCGGCCCCGCAGGUGGGCGCCGGGAUGGACGUCACCUGCUCCACCUCCCCGUCCGGCCAAGCCCCGGCGCCGCAGGUGGACGCGGCGGCCAAAGGUGCCACCAAGGUCCCCUGCCCUGCACCGGAUGUCCCCGGCGUGGAGGUCCCGGCCCCGGACAGCGCCAAGGGGAAAAUCAAAAUCCCGCACAUGACCUUCCCCAAAUUCACCGCCCAGGGCGACGGCGCCACCAUGGACGUCCCCAAGGGCGUGGCCGUCCCCGAGGCGGCCCUGGAAGGAGAAUGGAAAGGCCCCGCCUUCAAGAAGGUGGAAACGCCCCAAAUUUCGCUGUCGGACGUGAACCUGAACCUGAAGGGCCCCAGAGGGGAAGGGGACCUGAAAGGACUCUGCCCCAAGGUGGACGUGAAGGGUCCCGAGGUGGACGUGGCCAGGCCAGGGCGUGGCCUGAAGGGCGUGGAGGUGGACGUUGACCUGAAGGGGCUGAAGGGAGGAGUGGACGUGUCCGUGCCGAGCGUGGAGGGCGAAUUGAGGGGGCCUCAACUGGACCUUAAAGGGCCCCAGAUCGGGGUGGAGGUGCCCGGAGUGGGCAUCAAAGGCCCCGCGGUGAAGAUGCCCGAGAUGAGCGUCAAGACCCCCCAAAUCUCUGUGCCCGACGUCGGCCUGAGCCUCAAAGGGCCCGGAGUGAAGGGAAAUCUGGAUGUUUCUGCCCCAAAACUGGAAGGGGAGCUGAAGACCCCCGGCGUGGACAUCAAAGGCCCCGAAGUCGAGGUUGGGAGCCCAGAAAUGGAGAUCCAGGGGCCCGAGGGCAAGCUGAAGUUCCCCAAGCUGAAAAUGCCCAAAUUUGGGGUGAAAGGAGAGACCCCCAGCGUCGACGUGACCCUUCCCAAAGGGGGCGUGGAGGUCUCCGGCCCCAAGGUGGACGUCAGCGUUCCAAGCGUGGACAUCAAGGGCCCCAGAGUGGACGUUGAAGCACCUGAAGUGGAUGUUCACGGCCCUGAGGGAAAAUUCAAGAUGCCCAAAUUCAAAAUGCCCAAAUUUGGGAUGCCUGGGGUCAAAGCAGAAGGUCCCGAGGUGGACGUGAACCUCCCCAAGGGCGGCGUGGAGGUGUCCAGCCCCAAGGUGGAUGUUGAGGCGCCAAGUUUGGGCAUCCAGGGGCCCGAAAUGCACCUCAAAGCCCCCAAAAUCUCCGUGCCGGACGUCGACCUGACCCUGAACGGUGCCAAGGCCAGCGGCGACCUGGACGUGUCCGUGCCGGGUUUGAAGGGCCCCGAACUGGACAUCAAAGGCCCCAAGGUGGAGGUUGAAGCCCCAGAUUUGGACGUCCAAGGCCCCGAGGGCAAACUGAAGUUCCCCAAGCUGAAAAUGCCCAAAUUUGGGGUGAAGGGAGAGAGCCCCGAGCUGGAGGUGGCCCUUCCCAAGGGCAGCGUUGACAUUUCGGGUCCCGGCGUCGCCGUCGAGGUCCCGAGCGUGGACAUCAAGGGCCCCAAGGUGAAGGUGCCCGAGGUGGGCAUCAAAACCCCCCAGAUCUCCAUGCCCAACAUCGACCUGAACCUCAAAGGGUCCAAAGUCAAGGCAGAUUUGGACAUUUCCACCCCAAAACUGGAAGGGGAGCUGAAAGCCCCCGGAGUGGAGAUCAAAGGCCCCAGAGUCGAGGUUGAAGCCCCAGAUUUGGAUGUCCAAGGCCCCGAGGGCAAACUGAAAUUCCCCAAGAUGAAAAUGCCCAAAUUUGGGGUGAAGGGAGAGAGCCCCGAGCUGGAGGUGACGCUCCCGAAGGGGGAGGUCGACAUUUCUGCCCCCAAGGUGGACAUCGACGUCCCCAGCGUGGACCUGGAAGGGCCGGAGCUCAAAGGGAAAGGUCUGAAGUUCAAAAUGCCCGACCUCAACGUUCAGAGCCCAAAACUCUCCAUGCCGGACGUGGAUCUGGGCUUGAAGGCCCCGAAACUGAAAGGGGACGCCAGAAUUUCCGGGCUGAAGGGCCCGAAAAUCGACGUGAAAGGCCCCAAAGUGGACGUAGAAGGUGCCAAAAUCGACGUGAAAGGUCCCAAGUUGGAUGUGGAAGGUCCCAAGUUGGAUGUGGAAGGUCCCAAGUUGGAUGUUGAGGUGCCCGAGGUGGACAUGGAAUGUCCAGAAGGGAAGAUGAAAGGCCACAAAUUCAGGAUGCCGAAACUGAACAUCAAAUCCCCCAAAAUCUCGAUGCCGGACGUGGAUUUGAACCUGAAGGGACACAAAGUGAAGGGAGAGGUGGACGUGUCCCUCCCCAAGGUGGAAGGUGAGUUGAAAGCUCCAGAAGUGGAUGUUAAAGGGCCGAAAGUGGACGUGGAGGUGCCCAGCGUGGAUUUGGAAGGUCCCGAGGGGAAGAUCAAAGGCCCCAAGUUCAAGAUGCCCGAGAUGCACAUCAAGACCCAGAAGAUCUCCAUGCCCGACGUGGACAUCAACCUCAAAGGCCCCAAGGUCAAGGGUGAUGUGGACGUGUCCCUUCCAAAGCUGGAGGGUGACCUGAAGGGGCCUGAGCUGGACAUCAAAGGCCCCAAGGUGGACGUUGAUGUGCCAGACGUGGACAUUCAUGGCCAUGAGGGAAAGUUCAAGAUGCCCAAGUUCAAAAUGCCCAAAUUUGGGAUGCCCGGGGUGAAGGCAGAAGGUCCCGAGGUGGACGUGAACCUCCCGACAGGAAACCUGGAUGUGAGUGGCCCCAAGGUGGACAUUGAAGGCCCAGAGGUGGAUGUGGAGCUCCCAGAGGGGAAGAUCAAAGGUCCCAAGUUCAAGAUGCCCGAGAUGCACUUUAACAUGCCCAAGAUCUCCAUGCCCGACAUCGACCUGAACCUGAAGGGCCCCAAAGUGAAGGGAGAUGUCGAUGUCUCUGUCCCUAAGCUCGAGGGUGACCUGAAGGGUUCAGAAAUUGACCUCAAGGGCCCCAAGAUGGACAUUGAGGCACCUGAUGUUGACAUUCAUGGCCCCGAGGGGAAAUUCAAGAUGCCCAAGUUCAAGAUGCCCAAAUUUGGGAUGCCCGGGGUGAAGGCAGAAGGUCCCGAGGUGGACGUGAACCUCCCAAAAGGAGACCUGGAUGUGUCCGGCCCCAAGGUGGACAUUGAAGGUCCAGAGGUGGACGUGGAUCUCCCAGAGGGGAAGGUGAAGGGCCCCAAGUUCAAGAUGCCCGAGAUGCACUUUAACAUGCCCAAGAUCUCCAUGCCCGACAUCGACCUGAACCUGAAGGGCCCCAAAGUGAAGGGGGAUGUGGAUGUUUCCCUUCCAAAAGUGGAAGGUGACCUGAAGGGCCCAGAACUGGACAUCAAAGGCCCCAAAGUCGAUGUUGAUCUCCCCGAUGUUGAGCUGGAAGGGCCCGAGGGGAAGAUCAAAGGUCCCAAGUUCAAGAUGCCCGAGAUGCACAUCAAGGCCCCCAAGAUCUCCAUGCCCGACUUCGAUCUGAACCUGAAGGGCCCCAAGGUCAAGGGGGAUGUCGAUGUCUCUGUCCCCAAGCUGGAAGGGGACCUGAAGGGGCCUGAGCUGGACAUCAAAGGCCCCAAAGUGGACAUUGAGGCACCCGAUGUGGACAUUCACGGCCCUGAGGGGAAAUUCAAGCUGCCCAAAUUCAAGAUGCCCAAAUUUGGGCUGAAGGGAGAAGGCCCCGAGGUGGACGUGAACCUGCCAAAAGGAGACCUGGAUGUGUCCGGCCCCAAGGUGGACGUGGAGAUGCCGAGUGUGGACAUUGAGGGGCCGGAGGGGAAGAUCAAAGGGCCCAAAUUCAAGAUGCCCGAGAUGCACAUCAAGGCCCCCAAGAUCUCCAUGCCCGACAUCGACCUGAACCUGAAGGGCCCCAAGGUCAAGGGUGGUGUGGAUGUCUCCGUCCCCAAAUUGGAGGGUGACCUGCAAGGUCCAGAUGUGAACAUUAAAGGUCCGAAGUUGGAUGUGGACGUUCCUGACGUGGACGUUGAAGGUCCUGAGGGGAAGUGGAAGGGACCCAAGAUCAAGAUGCCAGAGAUGAACAUCAAGGCACCGAAAUUUUCUCUGCCUGAUGUCGACCUGAACCUGAAAGGUCCCAAAGUGAAGGGAGAAGUGGACGUGUCUGCCCCAAAAAUAGAAGGUGAUGUGAAAGUGCCGGAUCUGGAGUUGAAAGGACCCAAAGUGGAUGUGGAUGUCCCCGACAUCGAACUGGAGGGCCCCGAGGGGAAGAUCAAAGGUCCCAAGUUCAAGAUGCCCGAGAUGCACAUCAAGGCCCCCAAGAUCUCCAUGCCCGACUUUGAUCUCCACCUGAAGGGCCCCAAAGUGAAGGGAGACGUGGACGUGUCCGUCCCGAAAAUUGAGGGAGACUUGAAGGCCCCAGAUGUGAACAUCAAAGGUCCCAAAGUCGAUGUGGACCUCCCCGACGUCGACCUGGAGUGUCCCGAAGCGAAGCUGAAGGGCCCCAAGUUCAAGAUGCCCGAGAUGCACUUCAAAACCCCCAAAAUCUCCAUGCCCGACAUUGACCUCAACCUGAAAGGCCCAAAACUGAAGGGGGACGUGGACAUUUCCGCCCCCAAACUGGAAGGUGACCUGAAGGGCCCAGACGUGGACAUCAAAGGCCCCAAGGUGGACAUCGAAGCUCCUGACGUGGACGUGGAUCUCCCAGAGGGGAAGGUGAAGGGCCCCAAGUUCAAGAUGCCCGAGAUGCACUUCAAAGCCCCCAAGAUCUCCAUGCCCGACUUCGAUCUCAGCCUGAAGGGGCCCAAGGUCAAAGGGGACGUCGAUGUGUCUGUGCCAAAGCUUGAAAGGGACCUGAAAGGGCCGGAGGUGUCACUGAAAGGUCCAAAAGUGGACGUGGAGGUUCCCGACGUGGAGCUGGAAUGUCCUGAGGGGAAGAUCAAAGGUCCCAAGUUCAAGAUGCCCGAGAUGCACUUCAAGGCCCCAAAGAUCUCCAUGCCCGACUUUGAUCUCCACCUGAAGGGCCCCAAAGUAAAGGGGGAUGUCGAUGUCUCUGCUCCAAAGCUGGAAGGGGACCUGAAGGGCCCUGAACUGGACAUCAAAGGCCCCAAAGUCGAUGUGGACCUCCCCGACGUCGACCUGGAGUGUCCUGAGGGGAAACUGAAGGGCCCCAAGUUCAAGAUGCCCGAGAUGCACUUCAAAACCCCCAAGAUCUCCAUGCCCGACAUCGACCUGAACCUGAAAGGCCCCAAACUGAAGGGGGAGGUCGAUGUCUCUGCUCCAAAGCUUGAGGGAGACCUGAAGGGUCCCGAAAUUGACCUCAAGGGCCCCAAAGUCGAUGUUGAUCUCCCCGAUGUUGAGCUGGAAGGUCCCGAGGGGAAGAUCAAAGGCCCCAAGUUCAAGAUGCCCGAGAUGCACAUCAAGGCCCCCAAGAUCUCCAUGCCCGAUGUCGACUUCAGCCUGAAGGGCCCCAAGGUCAAGGGGGACGUCGAUGUCUCUGUCCCCAAGAUGGAAGGGGACCUGAAGGGGCCUGAGCUGGACAUCAAAGGCCCCAAAGUGGACAUUGAGGCACCCGAUGUGGACAUUCACGGCCCUGAGGGGAAAUUCAAGCUGCCCAAAUUCAAGAUGCCCAAAUUUGGGCUGAAGGGAGAAGGCCCCGAGGUGGACGUGAACCUGCCAACAGGAGACCUGGAUGUGUCCGGUCCCAAGGUGGACGUGGAGAUGCCGAGUGUGGACAUUGAGGGGCCGGAGGGGAAGAUCAAAGGGCCCAAAUUCAAGAUGCCCGAGAUGCACAUCAAGGCCCCCAAGAUCUCCAUGCCCGACAUCGACCUGAAUCUGAAGGGCCCCAAACUGAAGGGUGAUGUUGAUGUUUCCCUUCCCAAAGUGGAAGGUGACCUGAAGGGUCCAGAACUGGACAUCAAAGGCCCCAAAGUUGAUCUCAAUCCCCCUGAUGUUGAGCUGGAGUGUCCCGAGGGGAAGAUCAAAGGUCCCAAGUUCAAGAUGCCCGAGAUGCACAUCAAGGCCCCCAAGAUCUCCAUGCCUGAUGUCGAUUUCAGCCUGAAGGGCCCCAAGCUCAAGGGCGACGUGGACGUGUCCCUUCCAAAGCUGGAGGGUGACCUGAAGGGGCCUGAACUGGACAUCAAGGGCCCCAAGGUGGACGUUGAUGUGCCAGACGUGGACAUUCACGGCCCAGAAGGGAAAAUAAAGUUCCCCAAAUUCAAAAUGCCCAAAUUUGGGAUGCCCGGGGUGAAGGCAGAAGGUCCCGAGGUGGAUGUGAACCUCCCGACAGGAAACCUGGAUGUGUCCGGUCCUAAGGUGGACAUUGAAGGUCCAGAGGUGGACGUGGAGUUGCCAGAGGGGAAGAUCAAAGGUCCCAAGUUCAAGAUGCCCGAGAUGCACUUUAACAUGCCCAAGAUCUCCAUGCCCGACGUUGACUUCAACCUCAAAGGCCCCAAGCUGAAGGGGGAUGUGGAUGUUUCUGUCCCCAAACUCGAAGGUGACCUGAAAGCCCCUGACAUCAACAUCAAAGGCCCCAAAGUCGAUGUUGAUCUCCCCGAUGUUGAGCUGGAAGGUCCCGAGGGGAAGAUCAAAGGUCCCAAGUUCAAGAUGCCCGAGAUGCACAUCAAGGCCCCCAAGAUCUCCAUGCCCGACGUCGACUUCAACCUCAAAGGCCCCAAAUUGAAGGGGGAUGUCGAUGUCUCUGUCCCCAAGCUGGAAGGUGACCUGAAGGGGCCUGAACUGGACAUCAAGGGCCCCAAGGUGGACGUUGAUGUGCCAGACGUGGACAUUCACGGCCCCGAGGGAAAAUUCAAGAUGCCCAAGUUCAAGAUGCCCAAAUUUGGGAUGCCCGGGGUGAAGGCAGAAGGUCCCGAGGUGGACGUGAACCUCCCAAAAGGAGACCUGGAUGUGUCCGGUCCCAAGGUGGACAUUGAAGGUCCAGAGGUGGACGUGGAGUUGCCAGAGGGGAAGAUCAAAGGUCCCAAGUUCAAGAUGCCCGAGAUGCACAUCAAGGCCCCCAAGAUCUCCAUGCCUGAUGUUGACUUCAACCUCAAAGGCCCCAAGCUGAAGGGGGACGUUGAUGUUUCCCUUCCAAAGGUUGAGGGAGACCUGAAGGGUCCAGAAAUUGACCUCAAAGGCCCCAAAGUCGAUGUUGAUCUCCCCGAUGUUGAGCUGGAAGGGCCCGAGGGGAAGAUCAAAGGUCCCAAGUUCAAGAUGCCCGAGAUGCACAUCAAGGCCCCCAAGAUCUCCAUGCCCGACGUCGAUUUCAGCCUGAAGGGCCCCAAGGUCAAGGGGGAUGUCGAUGUCUCCGUCCCCAAACUUGAGGGUGACCUGAAGGGGCCUGAACUGGACAUCAAGGGCCCCAAAGUGGACAUUGAAACACCUGACAUGGACAUUCACGGCCCUGAAGGUAAAAUUAAAAUGCCCAAGUUCAAGAUGCCCAAAUUCGGCUUUUCUGGGCCAAAAGUUGAAGGCCCCGAGGUGGACGUGAACCUCCCUGAGGCCGAGGUCAACAUUUCGGGUCCGAAGGUGGACGUUUCUGUCCCAGAGCUGGAGAUUGAAGGCCCCGAAGGGAAACUGAAGGGCCCCAAGUUCAAGAAGCCGGAGCUGCAGUUCAACGUCCCCAAGAUCUCCAUGCCCGACAUCGACCUCAACCUGAAAGGCCCCAAACUGAAAGGUGACCUCGACGCUUCUCUUCCCAAGGUCGAGGGCGAGCUGAAAGGCCCCAAGCUGGACAUCAAGGGGCCAGAGCUUGAGCUGGAGGGGCCAAAGGUUGACCUGGAUGGAAAAGCUAAAAAAUCCAGGUUUAAACUUCCCAAGUUUGGCUUUUCUGGCCCAAAAGUUCAAAGCCCCGAGGUGGACGUGAAGCUUAAAAAGCCUGAGGUGGAGCUGUCCGGCCCGAAGGUUGAGGUCCAAGCUCCGGAUUUGGAUCUCCAGGGAAAAUCUAAAGGCUCCAAAUUCAAAAUGCCUUUUCUGAACAUUUCUUCACCCAAAGUCUCGAUGCCGGAUGUGGAGCUGAACCUGAAGGGGCACAAAAUGAAAGGGGAGCUUGACCUGUCCGCCCCCAAAGUGGAAGGGGAGCUGAAAGGACCUGAGGUGGACAUCAAAGGCCCCAAGGUCAACAUCGAGGCCCCCGACGUGGACGUUCACGGCCCAGAGGGGAAAAUCAAAAUGCCCAAGUUUAAAAUGCCCAAAUUUGGUGUUCCUGGGUUUAAAGGGGAGGGGCCAGAGGUGGACGUGAACCUGCCAACAGGAGAACUGGACGUGUCCGGGCCUAAAGUGGACAUUGAGGGUCCUGAACUGGACAUUGAGGGGCCGGAGGGGAAGAUCAAAGGGCCCAAGUUCAAGAUGCCUGAGAUGAACAUCAAGGCUCCCAAGAUCUCCAUGCCCGACAUCGACCUGAACCUGAAGGGCCCCAAGGUCAAGGGCGACGUGGACGUGUCCCUGCCCCAGGUGGACCUGAAAGGACCCAAGGUGGACGUGGAAGUUCCCGACAUCGACGUCGAAGGUCCGAAAGGGAAAAUCAAAGGCCCCAAAUUUAAAAUGCCCGAGAUGAACAUCAAAGCUCCCAACCUCUCUAUGCCGGACCUGGACCUCAACCUGAAAGGUCCCAAGGUCAAAGGUGGGGUGGACGUCGAUCUGUCCGCACCAAAAAUCGAAGGGGACCUGAGCUUGCCGGAAAUGGACAUCAAAGGCCCCAAAGUGGACAUUGAAGGUCCAGAGGUGGACAUUGAAGGGCCAGAGGGGAAGAUCAAAGGUCCCAAGUUCAAGAUGCCCGAGAUGCACAUCAAGGCCCCCAAGAUCUCCAUGCCCGACGUCGACUUCAACCUCAAAGGCCCCAAAGUGAAGGGGGACGUCGAUGUCUCCAUCCCCAAGCUGGAAGGUGACCUGAAGGGGCCUGAACUGGACAUCAAGGGCCCCAAGGUUGACGUUGAUGUGCCAGACGUGGACAUUCAUGGCCCCGAGGGGAAAUUCAAGAUGCCCAAAUUCAAGAUGCCCAAAUUUGGGAUGCCCGGGGUGAAGGCAGAAGGUCCCGAGGUGGACGUGAACCUCCCGACAGGAAACCUGGAUGUGUCCGGCCCUAAGGUGGACAUUGAAGGCCCAGAGGUGGACGUGGAUCUCCCAGAGGGGAAGGUGAAGGGCCCCAAGUUCAAGAUGCCCGAGAUGCACCUUAACAUGCCCAAGAUCUCCAUGCCCGACAUCGACCUGAACCUGAAGGGUCCCAAAGUGAAGGGGGAUGUUGAUGUUUCCCUUCCCAAGGUGGAAGGGGACCUGAAGGGGCCUGAACUGGACAUCAAAGCCCCCAAAGUCGAUGUUGAUCUCCCCGAUGUUGAGUUGGAAGGUCCCGAGGGGAAGAUCAAAGGCCCCAAGUUCAAGAUGCCCGAGAUGCACAUCAAGGCCCCCAAGAUCUCCAUGCCCGACUUCGAUCUGAACCUGAAGGGGCCCAAAGUGAAGGGAGACGUGGACGUGUCUCUGCCGAGCAUGGAAGGGGAACUGAAGGGGCCAAAGGUGGAUGUGAAAGGCCCCGAAUUCGAUGUUUCUGCGCCAGAUGUUCAAGUUGAGGGCCCCGAAGGGAAGAUCAAAGGCCCCAAGUUCAAGAUGCCUGAGAUGCACUUCAAGGCCCCCAAGAUCUCCAUGCCUGACUUCGAUCUCAACCUGAAGGGCCCCAAAUUAAAAGGAGAUGUUGAUGUCUCUGUCCCCAGCCUGGAGGGUGACCUGAAGGGCCCAGAACUGGACAUCAAAGGCCCCAAAGUUGAUGUCGACCUCCCUGAUGUUGACCUGGAAGGUCCCGAAGGGAAGAUCAAAGGUCCCAAGUUCAAGAUGCCCGAGAUGCACAUCAAGGCCCCCAAGAUCUCCAUGCCCGACAUCGACUUCAACCUAAAAGGCCCCAAAGUGAAGGGGGAUGUCGAUGUCUCUGCUCCAAAACUGGAAGGGGACCUGAAAGGCCCCGAAAUUGACAUCAAGGGCCCCAAGGUGGACGUUGAUGUGCCAGACGUGGACAUUCAUGGCCCCGAGGGGAAAUUCAAGAUGCCCAAGUUCAAGAUGCCCAAAUUUGGGAUGCCCGGAGUGAAGGCAGAAGGCCCCGAGGUGGACGUGAACCUCCCGACAGGAAACCUGGAUGUGUCCGGCCCUAAGGUGGACAUUGAAGGUCCAGAGGUGGACGUGGAUCUCCCAGAGGGGAAGGUGAAGGGCCCCAAGUUCAAGAUGCCCGAGAUGCACUUUAACAUGCCCAAGAUCUCCAUGCCCGACAUCGACCUGAACCUGAAGGGCCCCAAGCUGAAGGGUGAUGUGGAUGUUUCCCUUCCAAAAGUGGAAGGUGACCUGAAGGGCCCAGAACUGGACAUCAAAGCCCCCAAAGUCGAUGUUGAUCUCCCCGAUGUUGAGCUGGAAGGUCCUGAGGGGAAGAUCAAAGGUCCCAAGUUCAAGAUGCCCGAGAUGCACAUCAAGGCCCCCAAGAUCUCCAUGCCCGACUUCGAUCUGAACCUGAAGGGGCCCAAGGUCAAGGGGGAUGUCGAUGUCUCUGUGCCCAAGCUGGAGGGGAACCUGCAGUGCCCAGAUGUCGACCUCAAGGGACCCAAAGUGGACAUUGAGGCACCUGACGUGGACAUUCACGGCCCAGAAGGGAAAAUAAAGUUCCCCAAAUUCAAGAUGCCCAAAUUUGGGAUGCCCGGGGUGAAGGCAGAAGGUCCCGAGGUGGACGUGAACCUCCCGACAGGAAACCUGGAUGUGUCCGGUCCCAAGGUGGACAUUGAAGGUCCAGAGGUGGACGUGGAUCUCCCAGAGGGGAAGAUCAAAGGUCCCAAGUUCAAGAUGCCCGAGAUGCACAUCAAGGCCCCCAAAAUCUCCAUGCCCGACAUCGACCUGAACCUGAAAGGCCCCAAGGUCAAAGGUGACGUGGACGUGUCCCUGCCCAGUGUGGAAGGAGAGCUGAAAGGUCCCGAGGUCAACAUCUCCGCCCCCGACGUCACCGUUGAUAGCCCAGAGGGCAAAUUCAAACUGCCCAAGUUCAAGAUGCCGAAAUUCUCCAUGCCCGGGUUCAAAGGGGAGGGGGUGGACGCGGACCUGACCCUCCCCAAGGGCGACGUCUCCAUUUCGGGCCCCAGCGUGGACGUGGAGGCUCCUGAGCUGAGCGUGGAUGCGAAAGCCAAAGGUCCCAAAUUUUCCAUGCCCGAGAUGCACAUCAAGGCCCCCAAGAUCUCCAUGCCCGACGUCGACUUCAACCUCAAAGGCCCCAAACUGAAGGGGGACGUUGAUGUCUCCCUUCCAAAGGUUGAGGGAGACCUGAAGGGUCCCGAAAUUGACCUCAAAGGCCCCAAAGUCGAUGUUGAUCUCCCUGAUGUUGAGCUGGAAGGGCCCGAGGGGAAGAUCAAAGGUCCCAAGUUCAAGAUGCCCGAGAUGCACAUCAAGGCCCCCAAGAUCUCCAUGCCCGACGUCGACUUCAGCCUGAAGGGCCCCAAGGUCAAGGGGGAUGUCGAUGUCUCUGUCCCCAAGCUGGAAGGGGACCUGAAGGGGCCUGAACUGGACAUCAAAGGCCCCAAAGUGGACAUUGAGGCACCCGAUGUGGACAUUCACGGCCCUGAGGGGAAAUUCAAGCUGCCCAAAUUCAAGAUGCCCAAAUUUGGGCUGAAGGGAGAAGGCCCCGAGGUGGACGUGAACCUGCCAAAAGGAGACCUGGAUGUGUCCGGCCCCAAGGUGGACGUGGAGAUGCCGAGUGUGGACAUUGAGGGGCCGGAGGGGAAGAUCAAAGGGCCCAAAUUCAAGAUGCCCGAGAUGCACAUCAAGGCCCCCAAGAUCUCCAUGCCCGACGUUGACUUUAACCUCAAGGGCCCCAAGGUCAAGGGGGACAUCGAUGUCUCCGUCCCCAAGCUGGAAGGGAACCUGCAGUGCCCAGAUGUUGACCUCAAGGGACCCAAGGUGGACAUUCAGGCGCCGGACGUGACCUUGGAAGGGCCCAAGGUCAAGAUGCCCGAAAUUCACGUCAAGACGCCCCAGAUCUCCAUGCCCGACAUCGACCUGAACCUGAAGGGCCUGAAGGUCAAAGGUGACGCUGACCUGCACGGCCCCAAGGUCGAGGGGGGUCUGAAGGGCCCCGAGAUAGACAUCAAAGGCCCCAAAGUCGACAUCGAGGGCCCGGCAGUCGACGUCGAUGGUCUGGAGGGAAAAGUGAAGCUGCCCAAAAUGAAAAUGCCCAAAUUUGGCUUUAAGGGCGAAGCUCCUGACGUGGACAUCAACUUGCCAAAGGCCGAGGUGGAUCUGUCGGGCCCCAAGGUUGAUCUCAGCCUUCCAGAGGUCAACGCUGAGGGUCUGGAGGGCAAAGUGAAAGGUCCUAAACUGAAAAUGCCUGAAAUGCACGUGAAUGUCCCCAAAAUCUCCAUGCCUGAGAUAGAUUUGAACCUGAAAGGCCACAAAACCAAGGGCGGCUUUGACAUUUCCACCCCAAAGGUGGAAGGUCACCUGAAAGGCCCCGAGGUCGACCUCAAAGGCCCCGAAUUCGGGGUCAAAGGUCCCGAAGUUGAUGUUGAAUGCCCCGACCUGAGCGUCGAGGCCCCAGAAGCCAACAUCAAAGCUCCCAAGUUUAAAAAGUCCAAAUUUGGGUUCGGAAUGAAAAGCCCCAAGGCGGAGCUGGAUUUACCUGAGGCGGACUUGAACGUGGAGUCCCCUGAGGCCGGGAAGGGGAAGAAGAGCAAGUUCAAGAUGCCCAAAAUCCACAUGAGUGGCCCCAAAGUGAAGGGGAAGAAGGGGGCGUUCGACGUGAACGCGGCGGGGGCCGAGCUGGAUGCGGAGCUCAACGUCGCCGGCCCUGACGUCGCCGUCAGCGGCAGCGCCGCCAUGAAGUCCCCCAAAGGCAAGAAACCCAUGUUUGGGAAGAUCUCCUUCCCAGACGUUGAAUUUGACCUCAAAUCACACAAAUUCCGCGGGGAGGCCUCGGUGGGGAUCCCGAAAAUCGAGGGCGAGCUGGAGGUCAAGGGCGACCUCAAGGGCCCGAGCCUCAACGCGGAUGUUGAAGGUCCUGACGUGAGCCUGAAGAGCCCAAAGUUCAAACUCCCCGGGGUCCAGGUGGGCGCGGGGGACGUGAAAAUCGGGGGGGACCUGAAGGGGCCCGGGAUCGAUGUCGCCGUCCCCUCAGCCACGGCGCUGGACGUCGACGUCGGCGUGAAAGGACCAAAGCUAAAAGGUGAAGUUGGCGUUGCCGGAGCACAACUGGAAGGUCCCGAAGUGAAGCUGGGAUGGCCCAAAGGGGGCAAAACGGGUUUGGGGCUGGAAAUGCCGGACGUGAGCUCGGACGUGGAGGUGAAGCUCAAAGGGCCCCAAAUCUCCAGUCCCGAGCUGGAGGGGAACCUGAAAGGACCAAAAUUAAAGGGAGAUUUGGACAUUUCGGGCUCCGCGGAAGGGCCCGGCCUUGGCCUGGACCUCGGUGGCCUCGGUGGGAAGGUGAAGCUGCCCACGGUGACGUCCCCGGCGCUGGAGGUCAAGGGCGGCGUCCCCUGCUCCGUCCAGUCCCCGGGGGCCACCCUGGACCUCCAGGGGCCCUCGCUGGACGUCUCCGGACCAGAUUUGGAUGUCAACGUGAAAGGACCAAAGUUGAAAGGAGACGUCGGCGUCAAAUCCCCCCAGGCGCCGGCAGACGACUCUGGCUUCGAAAUUUUGGGGGGCACCAUCAAGCUGCCGUCCCUGAAGCUGCCCCAGUUCAGCAUCUCCAGCCCCAGCGUGGACGGGGGGGACGCGGGGGUCGCUCUGGAGGGCCCCCAGGUCAAGGCGGGGCUGAAGGGCUCCGGUUUGGGGCUGGAAGGCGCCGAGGCGGAACUGAAAGGGCUGAAAUUCUCCGCACCGGACGUUGACCUGAGGCUGAAAGGACCAAAUGUGGACGUGGCCGGUGACAUCAAAGGGUCAAAGGUCAGCGCGGAAGCUCCUCAUGGAGGGGUGGGCGUCCACCUGGAGGCUCCGGCCCUGGAAGCGUCCGGCUCGGGAUUGAACAUCAACGUGAAGGGGCCGAAGGUCAAAGGCGGGGCCGAGGUGUCGCCGCCGUCGGUCAGCACCGGUUCCGGAACCUUCCACGCCUCCAAGCUGUGCGCCGAGGGCGGCCAGGUCAAAGUCUCCUUCCCCAAGCUGCGGAUGCCAAAAUUCGUCUUCUCCGAGCCCGAGGCCAAGGGCCGCGAGGUCGGGGUGGACGUCGACUUCCCCGGCGCUGACGUGGCUGAGCCGGAGCCGGACGAGGCCGAGGCGAGGCUGAAGAAAUCCAAGCUCAAGAUGCCCAAAUUCAACUUCUCCAAGCAGAAGGGGCGCGGCGGCGGCGGCACCGCGGGCUGCCCCGAGGCGUCGGGCUCGGUGUCCGGCUCCAAGGGCGACCUCAAGAGCUCCAAGGCCAGCCUGGGUCCGGCCGAGGGCGAGGCGGAGGCGGAGGCGCCGGCGGCCAAGGCGAAAUUCUCGCUGUUCCGCAGCAAGAAGCCGCGGCCGCGCUCGUCGUCCUUCAGCGAUGACCACGCGGCCGAGCCGGACGCCGGCAGGCAGCCCAAGAGCAAAUUCGGGACCUUCGGGGGCAUCGGCUCCAAGGCCAAGGGCUGCUACGAGGUGACGGCCGGCGACGAGGACGGGGAGCCGGGGUCCCCCAAAUCCCGCCUGGGCUCGGCCUCGUCCUCCGAGGGCGUCGCCCGCGCCGGGCUCCGCCUGCCCAGCCUGGAGCUGGCGGUGGCCAAACGCAAGGAGUGACCGGAGCGGUCAGGAGUGACCCCGGGGCGGUCAGGGGGUGACCCCGGGCUCAGGGGGUGACCCCGGGGGUUUUGUACAUAGGCCGGCACGGAGGGACCCCCGCGUGUACAGAGCGGGGGAGGGGCUGGGGGUCCCUCCCCCUCGGAUUUUGGGGUCCCCCCUUGUGCCGACAGCUUCUCUUUUUCUUUCCCCUUUUUUCCUUUUUUU